GCCCCCCACUUCACCCAACUCUCCGGCUGAGCCUGGUCUCUCGCACACCCGUCCCCACCCCGCCCCCCCUCAGUUUUCACCGAAAAGCCGAAGCAGAGUUCCGCCAUGAGCAAGUCGUACUCCUCGUCCGCCCAGACGGCCUCCUCGUACCGGCGCACGUUCGGCUCCGGCGUGGGCUCCGCCCCGGGCCUGUUCACGGGCCGCGGCACCCACGGGGCGUCCCACUCCACCCGCAUCUACGAGGUGAGCAAGUCCUCCUCCGCCUCCCCCGGCUACACCAGCUUCCGCGCCUCCUCCUCUGCCGGCGGCGGCGGCGGCGGCGGCUACGGCUUCGGCAGCGGCGGCGGCGGCGGCUCGGUGAUGGUGCGCUCCUACGGCGGCCUGGGCGGCGAGAAGCUGGACUUCAGCCUGGCCGACGCCAUGAACCAGGACUUCCUGCACACGCGCACCAACGAGAAGGUGGAGCUGCAGCACCUGAACGACCGCUUCGCCAGCUACAUCGAGAAGGUGCGCUUCCUGGAGCAGCAGAACCAGACGCUGGUGGUGGAGAUCGAGCGGCUGCGGGGCCGCGAGCCCACGCGCAUCGCCGACAUGUACGAGCAGGAGAUGCAGGACCUGCGCCGCCAGGUGGAGGCGCUGACCAAUCAGAGGGCCCGCGUGGAGGUGGAGAGGGACAACCUGGCUGACGACCUGAUGAAACUCAAAAUGAGGUUGCAGGAGGAAAUCCAGCAGAAGGAAGAGGCGGAGAACAACCUGUCAGCCUUCAGAUCUGAUGUGGACGCUGCCACUCUGGCCAGGCUCGACCUGGAGCGACGCAUCGAGACCCUGCAGGAAGAGAUCGCCUUCCUCAAGAAGAUCCACGAGGAGGAGAUCCGCGAGCUGCAGUCCCAGAUGCAUGAGUCCCAGGUCCAGGUGCAGAUGGACAUGUCCAAGCCAGACCUGACGGCGGCCCUGCGGGACAUCCGCCUGCAGUACGAGGGCAUCGCCGCCAAGAACAUCUCAGAGGCCGAGGAGUGGUACAAGUCCAAGGUGACAGACCUGAGCCAGGCCGUGAGCAAGAACAACGAUACCCUGAGACAGGCCAAGCAGGAGACCAUGGAGUUCCGUCACCAGAUCCAGUCCUACACCUGUGAGAUCGACUCACUCAAAGGGACCAACGAGUCUCUGAUGAGGCAGAUGCGGGAGAUGGAGGACCGUUUCGGCAACGAGGCGUCCGGCUACCAGGACAGCAUCGCCCGCCUGGAGGGCGAGAUCGCCAACAUGAAGGACGAGAUGGCCAGGCACCUGCGCGAGUACCAGGACCUGCUCAACGUCAAGAUGGCGCUGGACAUCGAGAUCGCCACCUACAGGAAACUCCUGGAGGGAGAGGAGAGCCGGAUCACACUCCCUACACAGUCCUACUCCUCUCUAAGUUUCCGUGAGUCCAGCGCGGACAGCCACCGGGCACCAGACAUUCAGUCCAAAAAAACUGUGAUGAUCAAAACCAUCGAGACUCGUGACGGCGAGGUAGUCAGCGAAUCAACACAACACCAAGAAGACAUCAUCUAAAAAAACUAAAAAACAGACAAAAACAGGACAAUAGCAAUGCCGCUGGUGGCUCAUAGAUUUUUGUAAAGGACAGACACACCGUUUGUAAUGCAUGCGACCACGCCACUUACACUGACGCAAUCAACCGCUAAAAUAAACGCAGAAAGAAGAAUACAGGAAGAGGGGAGGAGCAACGGAACUCUGGGUAACUGCAGUGAAGAAGGAAAGUCAAAACUGUCACAGUUUGGUACUCUACUGAGCAAGUACUGUAUGUGUGUUGGUGUCUCGGAAUGUGAAAAGGUGUUUCCAAAGAGGAAAUUCACUAAUAAAGAUCAACGGUCAACGGAUUAAAUAA